UGCACAAGGAAUGCUUUUAUCUGUUUCAGUUUUCUUAUUUAUUUGACUGUAUUUGAUUCUAAUCGAUGCUCAUUGAUUAAAAACAAAAAACAUUGGUGACAUUACAUCAGGAUACUGCUAAGCACCACAAAACUGCCAUCCGUGCAUUUGUUUCUAACAAUUUCAGGGAAUUUUGUUUCCCAGGAGUGACAGAGGAAACUAGACAGAAAGGAUCAUGCACUGUGUUGCUGUGAGGUGAAAGUCAUAAAAUCCGAAAUGUAUGAGGAGAAGCGCAAAAGCAGUACGUACUCCAAAGAAGCAGGGGGUGGCGGAGCAGGUGGGGAAGAGGAGGAUGAUGACGAUGAAGAGGAGGAGGAGGAAGAAGAGGUGGGCGACAAGACGGCGGGCGGUAGGUGCAGGAUGAAUCGCACGGACACGCUCAACUCCACCACCAGCUCCACUGCGGCGCAGAGGAAGAAGAGCCAGAACGCCAAGAAGCAGGCCCAGGGCUCCAGCCAAUCACAGCGGGCGCCCCGGGCCCUCUUCUGCCUCAGGCUGAACAACCCUAUCCGACGGGCAGCGCUCUCCAUUGUGGAGUGGAAACCUUUUGAUGUGUUUAUCCUUCUGGCUAUCUUCGCUAAUUGUGUGGCUCUGGGAGUGUCCAAGCCUUUUCCUGAGGAUGACUCCAAUGCUACUAACCACGACCUGGAGCAGGUGGAGUACAUCUUCCUGAUCAUCUUCACCAUGGAGACCUUCCUGAAGAUCCUGGCCUACGGUCUGGUCAUGCACCCCAGCUCCUACAUCCGAAACGGCUGGAACCUGCUCGACUUUGUCAUCGUCAUAGUGGGGUUGUUUAGUGUGGUGUUGGAGACUAUGACCUAUAAGCCUGGAGAAUCACAUCACAUGCCGGGGAAGCCUGGAGGCCUGGAUGUGAAAGCCCUCAGGGCAUUCCGAGUGCUACGACCCCUCAGACUCGUCUCAGGAGUACCCAGUCUGCAGAUCGUGUUGAACUCCAUAAUGAAGGCUAUGGUUCCUCUGCUGCAUAUAUCCCUGCUGGUGCUCUUCGUCAUUAUCAUCUAUGCCAUCAUUGGCCUGGAGCUCUUCAUCGGUCGCAUGCACAAGACAUGCUACAUUAGCGGCACAGAUGAGUUUGCUGAUGAUGACCCUGUGCCUUGCGCAUUUGCUGGACAUGGACGUCAGUGCAUCAUCAAUGGCUCAGAGUGCCGGGGAAAGUGGGUGGGACCAAACGGCGGCAUCACUAACUUCGACAACUUCUUCUUUGCCAUGCUGACUGUGUUCCAGUGCAUUACCAUGGAAGGCUGGACUGACGUGCUCUACUGGAUGAAUGAUGCCAUUGGUUUCGAGCUGCCCUGGGUGUACUUUGUAAGUCUGGUCAUCUUUGGAUCCUUCUUCGUCCUCAACCUUGUAUUGGGUGUGCUGAGUGGCGAAUUCUCUAAGGAGCGAGAGAAGGCUAAAGCGCGAGGAGAUUUCCAAAAGCUUCGGGAGAAGCAGCAGCUGGAACAGGACCUGUGUGGCUACAUGGACUGGAUCACGCAGGCCGAGGAGAUUGACGAGUGUGACGAGGACAGAAACAGACGUGUGACCUUGGGUGACCUGUCUGACAAAAAGCGGGGGAAGUUCAGCUGGUUCAGUCACUCAAAUGAAACCCACGCCAGUCUUCCAGCGAGUGAAACAGGCUCUGAAAACACAGAAAAUAUAGAAGAAGAGCACACUGACUGUUGUGCUGCUUGCUGCGCUUACAUAAUGAAAAAAGCUUGCUGUCGCACUCUGCGGCGCUGGAACCGUGGCGUCCGGAGGACAUGUCGCAAGGCGGUGAAAUCGGUGACAUUCUAUUGGCUCGUGCUCAUCCUGGUCUUCCUCAACACAGCUCUCAGUGCGUCAGAGCACUACAACCAGCCGCACUGGCUCACCGACACACAGGAAAUUGCCAACAAGGUUCUUCUGUCUCUAUUCACCGUUGAGAUGUUGCUGAAGCUGUACAGUCUGGGCCCGCACGCCUACUUUGCGGCCUUCUUCAAUCGCUUCGACUGUUUCGUGGUAUGCGGGGGCAUUCUGGAGACGGCGCUGGUGGAAACGGAGAUCAUGCCGCCUCUCGGCAUCUCCGUGCUGCGCUGUGUCAGGCUGCUUAGGAUCUUCAAAGUCACACGCCAUUGGACAGCUCUGUCCAAUCUGGUGGCAUCGCUGCUGAACUCCAUGAAGUCCAUCGCAUCGCUGCUGCUGCUGCUCUUCCUCUUCCUCAUCAUCUUCGCCUUGCUGGGCAUGCAGCUGUUCGGUGGCAAGUUCAACUUCGAUGAGACGCAGACCAAGAGGAGCACCUUCGAUACCUUCCCUCAAGCACUUCUUACCUGCUUUCAGAUCCUGACAGGUGAGGACUGGAACAUGGUGAUGUAUGAUGGUAUCAUGGCAUAUGGAGGCCCGGUGUUCCCUGGUAUGAUUGUAUGUCUGUACUUUGUCAUUCUCUUCAUCUGUGGUAACUACAUUCUCCUCAAUGUCUUCUUGGCUAUUGCUGUGGACAACUUAGCAGGAGGACAUGGAGAAGGCAAAAAGAAGGGAGAAAAGAAAGAGAGGGAGGGUCCAGGAGAAAGAGGAAAUGAAGAAGCAAAGGUGGACAUGAAUGAGCACGAGGAGGAGGAGGAGCCAGACGAAGGAGAUGAGGAAGGAAGGACUCAACUAAAUGUGGCGGACUUCGCUCCACCUCAGGAAAAGGUUCUGCCUAUCCCAGAAGGCAGUGCGUUCUUCUGCCUCAGCGAGACCAACCCGAUAAGAGUACGCUGUCAUGUACUGAUCCAUCACCGCAUCUUUACCAACCUCAUCUUGCUCUUCAUCAUCCUCAGCAGUAUAUCCCUUGCUGCAGAGGACCCAAUCAGAGCACACUCUGCCAGGAACAACAUCCUGGGCUACUUUGAUUACGCCUUCACCACCAUAUUCACGGUGGAAAUCCUUCUUAAGAUGACUGUCCAUGGGGCAUUUCUGCAUAAGGGCUCUUUCUGUAGGAACUGGUUUAAUCUGUUGGAUCUGCUGGUUGUUAGCGUAUCUCUGGUCUCAUUUUUCUUACAUUCUAGUGCUAUCUCUGUGGUCAAGAUCCUGCGAGUGCUACGAGUGCUCAGGCCCCUCCGAGCCAUCAACAGAGCAAAGGGACUGAAGCACGUGGUGCAGUGUGUGUUCGUGGCCAUCAGGACCAUCGGGAACAUCAUGAUUGUCACCGCUCUACUUCAGUUCAUGUUCGCCUGCAUUGGCGUCCAGCUCUUUAAGGGCAAAUUUUAUCGCUGCACAGACGAGGCAAAACACACACCGGAACAGUGCAAAGGCACAUUUGUGGUAUAUAAAGAUGGUGAUGUGACUCACCCGAUGGUGCGCCAGCGCUUCUGGCUCAACAGCGAGUUUAACUUUGACAACGUGCUGAUGGGCAUGAUGGCCCUCUUCACUGUCUCCACCUUUGAGGGAUGGCCCGCACUUCUCUACAAGGCCAUCGAUGCCAAUGGGGAGAACCAUGGCCCAAUCUACAACUACCACGUGGAGAUCUCCAUCUUCUUCAUCGUCUACAUCAUCAUCAUCGCUUUCUUCAUGAUGAACAUCUUCGUGGGUUUUGUCAUCAUCACCUUCCGUGAGCAAGGAGAGGCCGAGUUCAAGAACUGCGAGCUUGACAAGAACCAGAGACAGUGUCUAGAAUAUGCCCUGAAAGCCCAACCAUUGAAACUAUACAUCCCUAAGAACCCAGUGCAGUAUAAGUUCUGGUCUAUGAUCAACUCCACCGGUUUCGAGUACAUCAUGUUUGUGCUGAUCCUUCUCAACACGGUUACUUUGGCUGUUCAGCACUAUGAGCAGUCCAAACUCUUCAGCUCUGUAAUGGACAUCCUCAACAUGGUUUUCACUGGCCUCUUCACUAUGGAGAUGAUCGUCAAGCUGUUAGCCCUUAGACUCAGGCAUUAUUUCAUGGAUGCCUGGAAUUCCUUCGAUGCUCUCAUUGUGGUGGGGAGUGUGGUGGACAUUGUGGUUACAGAGUUCAGUAGCUCUGAAGACAGUUCUCGGGUGUCUAUCACUUUCUUCCGUCUGUUUCGUGUGAUGAGAUUGAUUAAGCUGCUCAGCAAGGGGGAGGGCAUCCGCACACUCCUCUGGACCUUUGUGAAAUCUCUUCAGGCCCUCCCUUAUGUAGCGCUGCUCAUCGCCAUGAUCUUCUUCAUCUAUGCUGUGAUUGGCAUGCAGACAUUCGGGAAGAUCGCCAUGCAGGACCACACACCAAUCAACCGCAACAACAACUUCCAGACGUUUCUCCAGGCAGUGCUGCUGCUCUUUAGGUGUGCCACAGGCGAGGCUUGGCAGGAGAUCAUGUUGGCCAGUUUGCCGGGGAAACGCUGUGAUCCAGAGUCGGACUACGAGCCCGGCGAGGAACUCACCUGCGGCAGCAACUUUGCCAUCGUUUAUUUCAUCAGCUUCUUCAUGCUCUGUGCUUUCUUGAUUAUCAAUCUCUUUGUUGCUGUCAUCAUGGACAAUUUUGACUACUUGACACGUGAUUGGUCAAUUCUGGGACCACAUCACCUGGAUGAGUUCAAAAGGAUCUGGUCAGAAUAUGAUCCUGAAGCCAAGGGUCUCAUAAAGCACUUGGAUGUGGUGGCCCUGCUUAGGAGGAUCCAGCCUCCUCUGGGCUUUGGGAAGCUCUGUCCCCACCGUGUGGCCUGCAAGAGGCUGGUUGCCAUGAACAUGCCCCUGAACUCAGAUGGCACAGUGACCUUCAACGCAACUCUCUUCGCACUUGUCAGAACUGCCCUGAAGAUCAAAACUGAGGGCUACCCCGAGCAGGAGAACGAGGAGCUGAGAAUCAUCAUCAAGAAGAUCUGGAAGCGUAUGAAGCCCAAAAUCCUGGAUGAGGUGAUCCAGCCUCCUACUGAGGAGGAGGUGACUGUGGGUAAGUUCUAUGCCACAUUCCUAAUCCAGGACUAUUUCAGGAAGUUCCGGAAAAGGAAAGAGAAAGUGUGUCUGGGAGCCCCGGACUCCAAAAACCCAUCUGCUCUACAGGCGGGUCUGCGCACCCUGCAAGACUUAGGGCCAGAGAUCCGCCUGGCCAUGAAUGCUGACCUUGAAGAGGAAGAGGAGGGCCUGGACGAAGAGCUAGAUGAGGAUGACGCAUGCUACAAGAGUGAGAACGGCUAUGCAGGCAAUACCUGGACCUCGGCCAGGGGUCGCCGGCACUCCCUGGCCUCCACUUCGACCGUGGUUUCCGGUCCCGACCCGGGAGAGGGUAUAUUCAAUGAGGGGCAGGGCCCCAGGAGCACCGAAGUCAAAACACCCAACAGCAGUGCUGUGAUGGAGCAGGAGACCUUUCGGAAGUGGGAGAACACGCGCUUCUUCAUCCAUUACCAGCUACCAAAGAGGAGGGGCUCCGGGGAAAGCUUUACCUCCUCCCUCUCACGGAGGACAGACAGACAGGAGGGCUACCCUGGGGAGCAGCGCUUCUGGAGCAUGGAGGAAGGCACAGAGGCCGGCAUGCCUGGAGUCAGGCAUGGCUACCGAGAUGAUGGCCCUGUGUAUUCUGGCCACAGAGAAGGUAGUUAUUGUGGGCACCCUGCCACACAGCCUGCCUAUGCUAUGAAUUAUGGGAAUGGCUACGUGGAAGCCAGGAGGACUGCCAGGAGACGCCUGCUCCCCGCAAUCCCCACUGAGCGGAAGCCGUCAUUCACCAUCCAGUGUCUGAGGAGGCGGAGCAGCAAUGAUAACCUCCCCAUCGCAGGAACCCAUCAUCAGAAGUCCCCACCCUGCCGAGCACACACACAGGCAUAUGGAAGUUAUGACUCCCAGCACAGCAGCAGUCCCUCCUCCAUGAGCUCCACGGCCUCGUGGGUGAGCCAUAGUCCCCGGCAAAGCCGUCUGCUCUACGCCCCCCUCAUCCUGGUUGAGGACGAGGGGCUGGUGGGUGUUGGAAGAGUGGGCGGCUGGGAUAGGAAGGCUGGGGGCACCAGAGUGUCUGUGGAAGGUCAUCGGGGCUGGUACACAGGUGCCUCGGGGGGACGAGCAGACUACAGGGCGUACACCACCCUCAGAGUGCCCACACAGCUCAGCCCACACUACAGUGAGAAGAGAGGCAGCGCUGACAGCCUGGUGGAGGCAGUACUGAUCUCUGAGGGACUUGGCCUUUAUGCCAAGGACCCCAAGUUUGUUGCCUUUGCCAAGCAUGAGAUUGCCGAUGCGUGUCACAUGACCAUCGACGAGAUGGAGAGCGCAGCCAAUGACCUGCUUAGCCAGAGCAGCAGCAGCAGCUCCAGGGGGAGCUGUAGCAGCCGCGCUGACCUGGGACCCUUCUACAGCGAUGAGGAGCCCGCGCAGGGCCGCGAAGAGGACGAGCUUGCCGACGAGAUGGCAUGCGUUACCUCUCUCUGA